UCCGUCAACACCGGCGGUGUUGGUUAAUUAAGCAUGGCGAAGUGCUUGUGUUUUGUGUCUCGUCUUCUUCUGUCGCCAAAAUCUGUUUUUCCUAUCCACCCGUCAGUUAUUAUUUCCAGUCGUGGUUAUGCAAGGAAACAGCGAUUACCACCAAACCCUCUUGAAUUACCGACAGAAAAAGAGGAAAUGACAUUGAUGGACCCCGACAACGACCUGGACGAGUGUUUUGAUGAUUAUUAUAACAGCCCCGACAACAAACUUCGGUCGAAAUUUGAUAUCAAAAAGAUAAUUAAUCAGGAGAAGAAGAAGGUAAAACUAAAGAUCUUAGAACGCAAAUACUUCAAGACUCCCCAAGAAGCAAACUUCCUAACAUGGAGGGCGAAAGAACAAAUUCGUUUCUUAAAUGCCGAAUAUCCUGAAGAAUGGACACUUGAAAGACUGUCUCAGAGCUUUCCUAUUAGCAAAACUGGUUUAAUUAAAUUGCUGUCUUCUACUUAUGUGAUGGAUUCUGAGAAAAUUUUAAAACAUGAUUCCAAUGUAAAAAAGAGGUGGAAAAAGCUGAAUGCAGAACUGUCCUUAAAUGAAAGGGUCGUUAGUCCUGAAUUCAAACAUUUGAUAGAAUCAGGUAAAUUGGAAUUACUGAAAAAUGCCGGAGGUUUAAUGGAAGCUCCCAAAUUGCCUUCUGAAAUGCAUAAUGUAUCAACGAAAAAUUCUGAAAAGAAAAUGGGUAGAUUUGAAAGUAUUUUACAAAAUUAUGAAAGAUUUUCUGAAAAGCAAAACUAUAUUUGUAAUACUAGCAACAAACAAGAUUUGGUUAAGCUGAUGCCAGAAGAGCAAGAUACAGGUGCCAAGAUACCUAUUGAAGAGUAUAACGAGUCAAAGCUAGAUUGGUCGUCUAUUGAUUAUGAAAUUAAAGAAACUGAUGUCCGAGCAAGAAAUUCUCAUUUAGAACCUUCAGAAAACCUUGCUAAUCAAAUUACAGAAGAAUACCUGAAAAAUGCUCCAAGAAAAAUACGGAGAAAAAUAAAGAGUGGCGAUAUUAGUUUGUCUGAUCUGACUUACUUGGAGGCUUAUCAGUUAAUUGGCACCGAAAAGGUAAAGGAUAUCGAAACAUCAUCACAGACCAAAACUAAUUACGAAAAUGAACAACAUUCAGAACACAACAGGGAUUCACUGUUGGAGGAAUUACUCUCUAAGUCAACAUCCAGUGCUAUACCUGUUGCAGGUAGUCACGAGAGAAUGCCUGAUUUUUCUGGUUUUACUGUUGAUGAUUUUGUAAAUAUACCUGAACAUGUUAAAGGAUCAAAGGGAACCGUAUACAAAAAGGAUAAUGCAUAUUAUGAUGAGUAUGGGGAGUUUUUAUACAAAGUGCCAAUUAGCGAAUAAACUAAAAAUAUUUUUUAUUAAAAUUUGUAAAGACAGAUAAAUUAAAUAUAUCUUUUUGUGUCCUCGUUUGAAAUCCUACGGAAAUUGAGUCUGUAUUUUGUCUUUCAAUAAAAUGAUACCAGGCAAUGUA